CGGAUCUGUGACGUGACGCGGCGCGUGGAAGCUGCCGGCGCCUGCGCAGUCGCGGCCAUGAAGGUGGCGGUGGCGGGUUGCUGCCAUGGCGCCCUGGACAAGAUGUACGAGACGCUGGAGCUGCUGCAGCGGCGCCACCGCCUGCGCCUCGACCUGCUGCUCUGCUGCGGCGACUUCCAGGCCGUGCGCAAUGAGGCCGACCUGCGGUGCAUGGCUGUGCCCGCCAAGUACCGCCACAUGCAGGCCUUCCACCGCAGGUACUACUCUGGGGAGAAGAAGGCACCAGUGCUCACCAUCUUCAUCGGCGGCAACCACGAGGCCUCCAACCACCUGCAGGAGCUGCCCUACGGUGGAUGGGUUGCGCCCAGCAUCUAUUACCUAGGUUAUGCAGGUGUAGUGAAGUAUCGUGGUGUGAGAAUUGGUGGAAUUUCUGGCAUUUUCAAAUCCCAUGAUUACAGAAAAGGACAUUUUGAGUGUCCGCCAUACAAUAGACAAACAAUAAGAAGUGCGUACCAUGUGAGGAACAUUGAAGUCUUCAAACUCAAACAGCUAAAGCAGCCAAUGGAUAUAUUUAUGUCUCAUGAUUGGCCAAGAAGUAUAUAUCACUUUGGAAACAAGAAACAGCUUCUCAAAAAGAAAUCCUUCUUCCGACAAGAAGUGGAAAGCAACACAUUGGGCAGCCCUGCUGCUUCUGAGCUCCUGCAGCAUCUGAAACCCGCCUACUGGUUCUCAGCCCAUCUGCAUGUUAAAUUUGCAGCCCUAAUGCAGCACCAGAUGGACACUAAAGAACAGCUGCCAAAAGCAACAAAAUUCUUGGCCCUGGAUAAAUGUCUGCCGCACAGAGAUUUCCUGCAGAUUAUAGACAUAGACCAUGACCCCAACGCAUCAGACUCUCUGGAGUAUGAUCCUGAGUGGCUUGCUGUUCUCAAGGCAACCAACGAUCUCAUUAAUGUAACUCAGAACUCAUGGAAUAUGCCAGAAAACAAUGGCCUCCAUGCAAAGUGGGAUUACAGUGCAACAGAAGAAGCUAUCAAAGAGGUAUUGGAAGAGAUGAACCAUAAUCUCAAAAUUCCUGUUAACUUCUCUCUGACAGCUGCUUGUUAUGAUCCCAACAAACCUCAGAGACACCUAGAACCAGUUCAUGUCAUCAAUCCUCAGACCACUGAAUUUUGUGCCCAGUUUGGCCUCAUUGACAUUAACAACAAGAUCCAGCAAGUGAAAGAAGAAGGUUCUGUUCGUGGGGAAUAUGAAGAGGAGGAAGAAGAGAGAGACAGUACUGGGUCAGCAGAGGAACCCAGUGAAUAUAAUACAGAUAGUUCUGGGUUGUCUUUGUCCAUUAACCCAGAUGAAAUUAUGCUGGAUGAAGAGGGUGGAGAUGAAGAGCUGAGCACAUGUUCUGUGGAUCCUUCACCUGAUCACCCUCCUGACUUUUCUGCAAGCUUUUCUGACAUCAGAAUCAUGCCAGAUUCCAUGAUGGUAUCAUCUGAUGAUGCAAUGGAUUCCACCAAUGAGGAACUGGAGAAAUCUGGUGGGAGUAAGCAGGCAGAAGAAAAGAGCUUAAAUGAGAGAUCCUUAAAGCGUAUUGGGAAAAAUGAGAAUGGCAAUAGUGGCGUGAAGAAAAUUAAGAGGCGGAAUCAAGCUAUCUACGCUGCAGAGGAAGAAGAUAAAGUAGAAUGAAAACUUUUGAGCAUUACAUUUCUUAACUUUCCAUGCUGACCCUACCUCCUUGGCGGUGGUGUGCGGACUAUCAUGAACUUCUAAUGCUUUUAAAAUUAAGUGUUUGAACUGAUCCAUGCAAUGGAAUAAGACUGUAUAGUUAACUACAGAGGUUUCUGCGGGGAAGGACUAUCUAUUUAGUUAAGUAAAUGUCUAAGCAGGAAGCAGAGCUUUUCGAGGAGUCUUCAAGUUUAGGCAUAAGCAGUUGGCUUUUGCUUCAGCUUUUGAUAAUUAAUUCAUUUUAUUUACAUUCUGCUGUGCCUCUGUGUCAGGUUUAUAAUACUUGGUUAAUAUGAAAAUCUCCUUAAGUUAUAAUUCGGGUGGGAGAAAGAGGAUCAGAGUUUGGUAUGAUGCAGUUGCAUUACCUUUAUUGCUUUCUUGCAGUUUGUCACCUUCGUACCAAUUAGUUACUGCAGUCGGUUAUCGCAGUGUGGUUAGAGCAGUAUUCCCAAGAUAGAAGCAGCAAGAGAAGAAAGUAGUAAUGGUUUUGUCUCUGGAGGUACUGGUCAUGCAGUGGGAAAUCCUGGUAAUCAGUGUUUUUAAGCAAACAUUAUGAAUGUCUGCUCUUGAGUUGUCUAAUUCAGUGGUGCUUAACCUUUUUGUCCGGCAGGCCGGAUGGGUAAUGUUCGGUUCUUUCAUGGGCUGGAUCUGGCAGUGGACCCAAUCCUGUACCUGGGGCAAGUGCAGUAGGGCCCCUUCCAGCUGUGCAGAGUGGGGCAGGGAGCAGCCUGGUCCUAAUCCAGCCAUGCCAGGGAAGGGGGUAUGGCCCAGCAACAACCUAGGCGGGGCGGGUGCAAAUCCAGCCUGAAGAGGGGAGGGGGCAUGGCUCAACCCCACAGGAGGAAGGGGACACGUCUCAGCCUUGUGGAGGGGUAAGGGGAAAGUGGGCUUGGCCAAGUGGUGCGGGAUUGCAGGGGGGUGGCAGCUUGGCCCAGACUUGGCUGGGCAGAGGGAAAGUGGCAUGGUCCAGACCCACGGAGAGCUUGGGGAGGAGAAGGGGAUAUGGGCUGGCUCCAAACCAGUGGGAAGGUGCUGUGGCCUGGCUGUGUGGGGCAAGGGUUGUGGCCUGUCUGCAACCCACUGAGCAGGGCUUGGGAUUUUGGCAGUGGGGUUGAGUAGUGAUAUUACCUGCCACUGCUCCCCCACUGCCAAUUGUCCUGAUCUGUGGGGAGCUCCACAUGGCAGAGGUUGAGCAUCCUUGGUCUAAUUGUCGUUUGUAAUUAGUUUUGACAUACUAAAAAGUAUUCACACUGUGGACAUUAAGCAUCAUGAUUGAAGGCUGUAGUACCAUAGAGGAGCGUGCAUUUCUUUUCUAAUAGAAGCUCUCUAUUUUUUGCCUCUGUCUCUCCUAAAAGUUCAGAGUAGUAGUUAAUAAUUAAAUUAUUAAAAAGCCCUGGAUUUCUGUAUUUA